UGGGCGCUCGUAGUUGUCGAGCGAGGACGUAACAGGCGCCCAGAGCCCGAGGAAGGUGUCCGGCCCAUCUCAUCUCGGUAAACCAUGGCGUAUCAGCUGUACAGAAAUACCACGCUGGGGAACAGUCUUCAGGAGAGUCUGGAUGAGCUCAUACAGUCACAGCAAAUCACGCCUCAGCUGGCCCUUCAGGUGCUACUUCAGUUUGAUAAAGCUAUAAAUUCGGCACUGGCACAACGAGUCAGGAACAGAGUCAAUUUCAGGGGGUCUCUGAAUACAUACAGGUUCUGUGACAACGUAUGGACAUUUGUACUGAAUGAUGUUGAAUUUAGGGAGGUCACUGAACUUGUGAAAGUGGAUAAAGUGAAAAUUGUAGCAUGUGAUGGAAAAAACACUGGUUCCAAUACUGCAGAAUGAAUAGAACUGUGGUCUGUCUGCAAUAUUUUCUGUUAAUAUGCAGCACUUUCUGGAGAGAAGCACGGAAAGGGACUGUGUUCGUACUUUAUUCUUGUGAUGCAGAUGUGAGUUAAUCCAUACUAGAAAGCGUCACAGAAUGACAGCGGAAGAAAUAACCUGUAGCAUUUCUUCAGUUCACCUUAUAGGGCAUGAAUACAAUGUUACUUUUUUUUUUUUAAAUUACAACAGAUACUGUUGCCUUUUUUGUUCCAAAUAAUUUCUGUAAUAAACUCUUAUUUAAAAACUU